AUGAAGGCAAAGCCGAGAAAGAGGUCCAUGAGCCCCAAGACCCGGAUGGACCAGUCCUCCAAGGCACCACGAAGCCCAACACGGCGAGAGACUCGCUCCAGGGCCAAAUCCAGAGAGAAUAACGUACGUCUUGAGCUUGACAAAGUAUCGAACUCCACAGAGAUCUCCCAAGGAGGCCAUACCCAACUGGGUGAGGUGUGCGAGCCCCUCCAUCCAACCACUUCAACCAUACAGAGCUCCGCCUCUCUCCUAGGCUCUAUAUCUCCAGACCAAUGGGAUCGUCCCCCGGCAGAUAGUCCAUCCGCGUCCCCUGGUGUGCCUCAGCCGUCCAACAGUGGCGAGGGGGCACCCCGACCACAAUGGAGCGAGCCUUAUUCGCUUGACCCAUCUGUGAAUCAAGCAGAAAUAAAUCGUUGGGACCACAUGGCCUUUCAUGAGGGAAAUUACGACUACCAACCUCUACACAAUCUUUGGAGCCAACUUAGCAUCUACAUGAAUGGUUUCGUUUCCGCUACCGGACUGCAAAAAUGCAUGUGGCACCUUCUAGACGAUGAAACAAAGGAGAAAUUAUUAUCGUUUUGCCCUAUUGCACCGAGGAUCAUCGAAGACGGCAACAAAGGCUGCACCCAUCUCAUAUUGGCCUGGGUCUGGCGUAUUCUCUACGACAAUCUCCUCUCUCCGGACUGCACUGAUAAAUGGUCAACCGAGGGAUGGGCCCAUCUUGGAUCCUUCCACCAGUCUCUGAGAAAAGGAGGCUUGCCCGAUGAAAGCAACGCUUUCACUCAUGCGUACCAUGCUGCCAGAUUCUGGAGCGUUCGCAUGGCAUACAUGCGCUUUGGGCCGCAUACGUCUGUCGAGCGACUUGAGAAAUUAAUUCUCGAUGAAUUCCUUCCGAUGAUGAAGCUACACAAUCACCCGGAGAAUCAAGUUGAGUCAAAUGACAGCGAAUCAGUCUCAGAGCCUGAUGUUGAUCCCGAAACGGGUUUCCAUAGUAGCCUCGAUAAAUCUCUUUCCAGAGUGGCCCGAACCGCCGUGGAAGUAGAUCUCUGGAUACUUGCCUCGGGAAAGAAUGUCAGGGUUGAUUUUCGGGACCCCAUGACGGGGAAGGUGUCGGGAUUUUCUUACAAGCCAGACUACAUGUCCCCCCUCAACAACCUGAUUCGAACAUCAGCACUACCAGCCAUUGGCGCUCCGGUCGAUUUGGUCGUCGAGCCGUUGCUGCGUUCAUUUGGCGACCGGGCUACUAUCUCUUGCAAAAAGCCUGGGUUCGUGGAUUUCUACCCGUUGGCAUUUGGGAUGCACCACAAGUGCACCGAAUUGUCGAAGAUGUGGGUAGUCGUUGAUCACUUUGAUGAGUAUGAAGGCGGCGAAGAGUCCACAGCUUAUGACAUGAGUUGUGCCGAUUGGGAGUGUUUCUGCGCCAUUUGCGGCGGGCCUCUACGGGACGUGAGCUAUUUCAUCGACGACGGUGAACACAGAUCGCGCCCUGGCCCGGACGCGUAUAACCCAGAUGUCUUCCUGACCCGACCUGAAUACCCGGAGCUGGAAUGGCUGGCUGACAUUCGCGCCCUUGGAGAGAAUCCAGAGACCAGCGCACCGUCGACUGUCUGGCUCUCAGGACCGGCUUCGGUAGGCCUCGACGGAGACGUUAGGUUCGGGCUCGACAAGGAUUCCGAUCCGGCUCUACAGGACAUGCCAGAUGCUGGAUAUAUGCAGGCAUACGGCUUGGAAGGCCGCCAAAGCCCUUGGUGUGCACCAUUUCAUGUCAAAUGCCAUGAGCUGCUACGACGCUUUCUUGGUGUUGAGUCUCUGGACAGGGAGGUACUCAACGAGACAUUCAAAAGUUUGGGUUCACGCGACGGAUGGGCGACGUUCCUCGGAAUUGACUACGGAGAUAUAACCGAACAUAGGACGCGGGAUUGGUUCCCUCUGAGAAACCACGAAUAUCUGGUAUCUGACCCGAUUGACAUUGAAUGGCUGGCAAGAUUCUACAAGAAAUUGCCUCUGCUAAAGGAGGGAGAUGGAGAAUCAGGCGACGUCUACAAUACGCAGGGUGACCCAUUCAGCACACUCCCUCUUGACAUCCUCUCACUUCUAGUAUUGUCUAUUCCGACAAUGGAAGACGUUUUCAAAGCGAGGAUGGCGUCUCCUGCCAUUGCCAACGUCCCAUUGUCUCAGUCCUUUUGGAAGUCGCGGAUCGUGCCGGAUAUGCCCUGGCUAUGGGAUAUGCCUACUCCCUCAGACGAACAGCGCUUCUCAGUAGACUGGAGCCGUGUCUACAAAGAGCUGUUCUGGGGGAGCCAGAGGAAUAGGACGUUGGGUCUGUGUAAUAGAAGAAGGAUUUGGACACAAAUGUGUCCGCAAUUUGGGAAGCGGUAUGCCUCCAUCACGGAGGCCAAAAGUCGCUAG